GCAACUGGUAACAUGGAUUGCACCUCGGAAGGGGACAGCUGAACUCUCCCUCUGGCUUAGUGAGGAAAGAGCGGCGAUGAAAUCCGUGGACUGUGUGCACGUCACCCAGCAGAAGGAUACCGCCUCCUCUCCCUCUGCCCCCCCCGGUGCUGCUUCAGGCACUACGGGACUUUUUUCUGUCACAUUCCUGUGGCUUGCCAUGCUCCUGUCCUCUUGUCUUGCAGCAGUGUCUCUUUACCAUGUUAUCACCCUGAAAACAGAACUAGAAGCUCUGCGCAGCGAGCUGAUCUCCAGGGUCCAGGCGAGGUCUCCGCCAGACCGGCCGCUCCUGUCCCCCCAGGAGAAGAGAGCAGGUGCCCCCGUUUCUUCCCUCCUGCCAGGGGCUGGGGCUGCUGCCAGGCAGGAGGAGAGGCUUCCUGGUCCUGGCCCCCUCGAGAGCUUCCAGAAGGAAACCUGGAACAGGAGCAGAAACAGGGGGAGAAGGUCCGUGGUCCACACAGAAGAAACAGUGCUGCAGGCCUGCUUGCAACUGAUCGCUGACAGCAAAAGUGAUAUCCAGCAGAAAGAUGAUUCAAGCAUUGUCCCUUGGCUCCUGAGCUUUAAACGUGGGACAGCUCUGGAAGAACAAGGAAACAAAAUAGUCAUCAAGGAAACAGGAUAUUUUUUCAUCUAUGGCCAGGUUUUGUAUACUGAUACGACCUUUGCUAUGGGACACCUGAUUCAGAGGAAGAAGGCCCAUGUGUUUGGGGAUGAUCUCAGCCUGGUGACGUUGUUCCGUUGCAUCCAAAACAUGCCCCAGUCUUAUCCAAAUAAUUCUUGCUACACUGCUGGCAUUGCAAAGUUAGAAGAAGGGGAUGAACUUCAACUCACAAUACCACGGAGAAGGGCCAAAAUAUCCUUGGAUGGAGAUGGUACUUUUUUUGGUGCAGUUAGACUCCUCUGAAGCCCUGCAUUUGUUAUUAUCCUUACUGCAGUUUUCUUCUUCUCCUAAUGCCUUUGUCAGAAAAAAAGAUAUUGAAUUGUAAUAAAGCUGCCAAUUCAGUCUCUCCCCAUCCACCACCAGCUUCUGAGAACUUUUCUUCGGUUUAAUAGGCAAACCCCAAACAGGAAACACACCAGAUAUAUCUGUGAGAUACAGCUAGCAUGUGAUUACCAGAAAGCCAAUUCAUUUUAGAUAAUGGGAGAGCCUAAAUAACAACUGUAAAACAAUGGGGGGUGACUUUGAAAGAGUUUCUUGUCCAUAAGGCAAAUGAAAGAAGGAGUGGAUCAUAGAAGUACAGCAACAGGACCAUUGAUUAUCAAAUUAUUACCCAUCAUUGCAAAGGAAAACAAAGACACAUCUCAUCUUAGAUUUGCUUCAU